AGAGCCGCUGCCGGAGGUUUGCAGAGACGCAGCAGCAGCGGGCAGAGUCCAGGCUGGGCUGGGCUGGGCUGGGAGGCGGUGACUGGAUGCGAGCGGAAAAGUGAGUUGAGCAAGAGAAAGAAAAUGUCAGAUCAUGCCCGAGCCAGGUUGAUGAAACAUAACAGCAGAAGCAGACCCCUCCUCUGCACUUACUGUGCCAACUUCCCGCAAGAAAUAAAGGAACCAGCUCACUUCAGAGAAGGUGCGCCGCACUUUGCAACGUCUGAAACCCUCUCCCAGAGGCACUGCUGAAAGGGCUGAGCCACACACUGAAAGAGCCAUGGAGGAGCAGAGGAGGCCCAGGAAGCUGGGCUCAAGCCGACGAAAGCAGCUGCGAGACGUGUUUGGUGGUGCAAAGACAUCCCCAAUCCUGGAGGAGGAGCCGUUCCCACCCGAAAUAAUGGAAAAGAUUCAGGAUUUCUUCCAGGAAUGUGACAAGGACCAGAAAGGUUUUAUCACACGCGCCGACAUGCAGAAACUGAAAAAAGAGGAUUUCCCAUGCAGCGCAGAGGAGCUGGAGCUGGUCUUUGAUGGUCUCGAUACCGACAGGAACGGAUAUUUAACUACAGAGGAAUUCACCACAGGGCUCGAGCAGUUCCUGAGCUUGCAGACCACAACAAGGCAGCACAGGAGGAGGAAGACAGCUUCCAGGAGGGUGUACAUGUCCCGCAUGGACUACUCCCUGGAGGAAGCAGACAGCGAGGAAAGAAAAUGCUUCAGAGCAUUCAUGGACCAACUGGGAGCAGACAAUAUCUUUGAAGACCAGUCAGAGAUUUGGAGGCUCUGGGUGAAGCUCCGUCAAGACGAGCCUCACCUGUUGGGGAACUUGGAGGAGUUCUUGGCCAAGAUGACGCACCGGAUCAAGGAAGCUCAGAGCGAAAAGGUGACACUAGAGCUGACCUUGAACAAACGGGUCACUGAUCACAACCGGGAGGUGCAGCAGCUGUACGAGGAAAUGGAGCAGCAAAUAAACCGGGAGAAGCAGCACCUUCAGCAUGAGAGUAAAGCCAGAAGUCACCUGCACACCGCGGAGGUGCAGAGAGCACUAGACGUCGUGGAGGGGGAAGUGCAGCGCUUGCUGGUGGUUCAAAGUGAGCUCGAGACCCAAUUCCACAGCCUCAGCACCAAGCAGCACGCUGCCACCAGCGAGAACCAGAGGCUGAAAGAAAACAACCAGGACCUGGAGAACCAGCUGCAGCAAAUCCACAUUCAGCUCCAGGAGACCCAAGGGCAUCUGGGUGCUAUGAGGGGCAGGGUAUCUCAGCCACACAGCGAGGAAGGCAGUGCGCCAUACGGUAUUUCGUUUGCUUCUGAUUUGGGACACAGGACAAGAGUGAUCUCCACAGAAGAAGACCCCUUCACAGAGUUCAUGAAAAAGGGAGAGGCAUUCUUCCAGCAGGAAUUUUCGGGCCAAAGCUCUUUGCUCAGCGAACUGAACAAUGCAAUAGCAGCUCUGGACAACGUGUCUGAACCACAAGUACCAGGGACAGAUGACCUACUGUAUGGGGAUGCUUCUUUACACCCAGCCAGACAAGGUGGGGAUUCGAAGCAAAGAAUCAAGCAGGUCAGAGAUUCGGAGCAUCAGGUGCUCUCAAGAAAUGACAAUGAACCUAAGGCCCUGUCCGAGGCACUUUCAGUCCUUUCCACCAAUCAGGCUACGUCACAAGGAGAGACUCUUAAACAGGGACCAACUCAAGCAGAACCGCAUACACAGGAUGCGAAGCAGGCUCCAGCCUCUGAGCCAGCAACGCACAAUGAGGCUCCAAACCUAAGGAAGAAAGAGAUUGUUUAUGCAGAGGUGCAGCCCCCUGCUGUUUCAGAGCCGGCAAGGCAAGCCACCAUUCCCAAGCAGAACCCACCAGAGGGAGGUGUUCUCCUGCCAAGUGUAUCACAGCCUGGCAUUACAGAGCAGGCGGCGCCAGAUGAAAUACAGAAGUGGGUACCAAUGAAGAGAGAUGUGGUCCUUGCAGAUGUGUGGCCACCUGCUGUUUCUGAGCAGGCACUGCUGAAGGAAAAGCCUCCAGAAAUGAAAGCGCCGGAGAAGAAGACAUUUGAGCAGAGAGAGCCACCAAAACAGGAGACACCACCAACUUAUCUCCCUCACGAGGAAGGUGUAGAAAAUGAACAAGGAGGAGCCCUUCUCAGAGCCAGCCAGCUGGGGGAUACGCCCCAGGCCAAGACGCAGCCCCAAAGCACUGAGAAACCGGAGGCGACCCGGGCAGAAGAGACAAGAGGAGACAGGGAUAUUUUUCAACAAGAGGAGAAGCAAGUGAGCAGCGUGAAGGCGAACGAGGAUGCAAUCCCCAAACUGGGAGGCCAAGGGUAUCAAGGUAAUGUGACACCAGAGCAGCCAGGCGGAACUGCUAAAGGCACCACGGAGACCUGCACUGAUCCAGACCAUCUUUAUAACGUGUUGUUUGUGGGGGACUCAAACGUUGGCAAAACAUCGUUUCUGUACCGGUUACAUGAGGAUUCCUUCAACCCAAGCCUAACUGCUACUAUAGGAAUGGAUUAUCGGGUCAAAAACCUUUUUGUGGACAACAAGUGCUUUGCUCUACGCCUGUGGGACACGGCUGGUCAAGAAAGGUACCAUAGCAUCACCAAGCAGUUCUUCCGAAAAGCUGACGGAGUGGUGUUGAUGUAUGAUGUCACUUCAGAAUACUCCUUCGCGGACGUGCGGUACUGGCUGAGUUGUAUCCAGGAAGGAGCAGGAGAUGGAAUUGUCAUCCUUCUACUUGGUAACAAAUCAGACUGUGCAGCAGAAAGACAGGUAUCUACUGAAGAGGGUGGACGCUUGGCUAAGGAGUGUGAGCUCUUGUUUUAUGAAUGCAGUGCCGCGUCAGGCCACAAAGUCUCCGAAUCCAUGAUUGACUUAGCCAGGUCACUGAAAACUCACGAAGACAGAUUAAAAGCUGAGGUGGUGGAGGUACCAGUGCCACCGAAGAAGAAAAGAGGUUGUUGCAGAUGAUUAAGAAACUCGGUGCUUUGAUUAAAAUAUACAGCCUUGAAAGCAUAAAAAUGGCCCUCUCUUAACCUUCAUCUCUGCUCCUCAGGUCUGACUCGACAGAUUCCCCUUCAGCGUUGCAGAACAAACGCCGUUAUGAGGGCGUGAGUUGCAAUCUGUCUCAUUCGUAGCAAAUCUGUUUCUCUGAUUGCCUAUCCCCACAGUGUGUCUGGGCCUACAACAUGAGUGGGCAAACGUUAUUUCUUUCACUCAGAGAUCAGACCUGUGCUCCUCCACUGCUGCCACCGAUGCAAGAAGCGGAAAGAGCCCCGGUGGAUUUUCAGAUCUCAGAGUGAGUUUUGCAGCCAGCAGACAGAAAAAUCCUCUCGGAGGGUGACAUUCACUCUUGAGCAGGGGGCCUGCGCAAGGCCUAUGAAUGUAUUGCAGGAGAUCUCACAAUUGGGUUUAAGUGGUGCAGGCACCUCUGCACAGUGGUGAAUUUCACUCAGAAUGUGUAAACUGAGAAAAUCUGAUCCAGAUUCAAUUCAGAAAGAAUACACAAUAUGCCUCAAUCUCAUUUUUACAGUCAUUUUUCCGAUUGCACUUUAUAAAGUAUGUCCUCAGUUUGAAGUGUCUUCCUGUUUAUAAUAUCUAGCUUUGCCCCUGCCUACGUCUCAUAUUGUACUACACCAGCAGUCAAUAAAGGAUCCCUACAAAAAUGGCUACUAAAAUUGUGAUUAAAAAAACCAACGGAGGGUAGUUUGAGCAAUGGAACAACCUCCAGGGUAAUGGCUUGUUGCAGUAGAACAGAGGUUCUCAAACUGUGGUCCGCAGACCACCAGUGGUCUGCGAGCUCCAUUCAGGUGGUCCACAGAUAGUUCCCUCUAAGGUACAUGCCUGGGUAGCCGUACACAAGAGAAUGAAGGGCCACCCACGUAAUUAGUGGAGCCGGGCAGGGGUGGCUACACUAAUUAGGUGCCUGGACCCUGGAGAAGACGCACAUGUAAGGUGAGGUGGUGGCCUUGGGAGGAAUAAGGCGUAGGUGGGAGGGGGCAGUGGGGUGAGAAGGGGGGAGGGAAUUUGGGAUGUGCAGGGCGGCACUGGCCAGAGAAAGAGGUGACUUUCCCCAGCUCCAGGGCUGUGGCUGCCAGGGGAGAGACCCCCCUCCUUCCCAGCCCCAGCUUAGUGGCUGCUGCAGCGGGGGAGACCUCCGCUCCUUCCCAGCCCCAGCUUGGGGACUGCCGCAGCAGGGGAGAGAGGGCACAUCCACCACAUUAGAAAGGUAAGACUACUGGUAUUAAAAUAUGAGUUGUGUGCUUUUAUUUGUAGAACAAAAAAAGUUUAUUAUUAUUAUGUUUUUUUUUAAUAUAGUGCUUUUAUCCAAAGCACUUUACAAUAGUUAGCUAACGGUACAAACAAUAUUUGGAAAGAUCAUUAAGUGGUCCACCGAGACCCUCGGCAAUUUUCAAGUGGUCCGCGAAAAAGGCAGUUUGAGAACCACUGCCUUAGAACAAUUCUGGGUAUAGGGAAAGCAAGGUUUUGCAAGCUUUUUACAAAUGCAAUUGCUUUUUUUUUUUUAAGUGCAUUUUGUGCUUAUUAACUUGGGAGUGACACAAGCACCAGAAAUAUUAGUAUUCCGGUUUAAAUUACAAUUUAAUCUACAAUUAUCAUGUAGAUAAUUGUGCUUUUGAGAGCUAAGGAUGCAAACAGUUAAGGACCAGAUCCUAGCUCAGAAUCAUGUGCCUACAUACCUUUGCAGAUCUGGGUCUAAGUGUAUAAGAGCUAAGUGUUAUUGUAGAGCAGCGUUAAAUAUUGCUGGGGGAUUUGUGUAACCUCUAGCACUUCAGUGGGAUUUAUUUAAAUAUUUUUGUUUAAAAAUCUCAGUGUAUCAGACUUGGAGACAAUAGCUUGGAUGGGUUUGGGGCCAAUUAUUAUCAUCAUCAGUGUUAUUUAACAUUUAUAUCCCAGAGGCCUCAGCCAGGUCAGGGCCCCCAUUUUGCCAGGUGCUGUCCAAACGUAGAGACAUGAUGAGUCUCUACACUAUAAAUAAAAGUGUAUUUUAACUUA